CAGAGGUCACUAUGACGUAGGUAUUCCUGGAGGCCCAUUGCCCUUCCUUAAGAUUUCCCACAUAAUUUAAGAGAGAGUAACAGGAACUGCCACUUGUGAGUGCCACACAGGAGCUUAGGCUUCAGCCCUGCAGGGACUCUGCCCUUUCCUCUGACUUCUUGCCUGCAACAAGGUGCUGGUGUUGAUUUUGAUGGGGAGCCAGACACUGGGUGCUUCCCUGACAUGUGCUGGUCUCUGGCUAAGAGAUUGAGGGAGCCCACAUCUCACAGCAAAAGAAGAGCAGUAUAGAAGCAACUUUUUGAAAAUAUGCCUGGUUGAGAGAUCUGCCUCCGCCUACAUCCUUCGGUGGGGUGUAUGCCAUCCUCCUGCUUUUCCACAUCACACUGAAAGAGCGCUGUUGAUGGGGAGGACUGAGACAAUGAUGGUUCAUUUAGGAAGUGUGCAUUCCAACACUGAUGCCUUGAGGAGAAUCCUUCCCGAGGUCGUAUGUCACAGAAUGCCUCCUCUGCAUCACCGCAAUGCAUGCCCACCAUUUACUUUUAAAGAAAAUGUAAAGAGAUCCAGAAAGUCCCCGUGAGCCGUUCCAUUCACUAAGAUGGAGUUUAAAUCCCAGGAAAACGGAACAGGUUUUUAUACCUGGGCCAUGGUCUCCAAAAGAUUUGCAAUCUACUCUUAAAUUUGGGGGUGUUGGGGGACGGGUCAUGUGUGUGUUGGUUGUGGGAGGGACACAAUAUUACAUGCUUUUUAGACUAUCCUCUCAUGGCCCAGCCAAGUCUAACCAUUAGGCAUGUUACCCAAUUCUUUAAGAGCCGCGAUGCUGAACAGAUGUUAGCUCCACACCCUGAAGUUUCGGUGUUCAUUAUGAUGCUCCGUGAGAAGGAACUUGUUUCCUCUGCAGCACAAGUUGGAGCGUGGAUGACAAGCAAUGAUAGUAAGAGAUGCUGUGGACACGAGGCCAGCCGGGCCUUUCCUGGGCUCAUUGGAAAGGAUUAGGGGGAAGUUCACGGCCAGCCCUCACCCUCACCCAGCACAAAGCAAUAGAAGAUGCUUAUGCUUCUUCCAAUCUGACUAGGUCAGAGCCUACUAAGGGUUACAAACAACGAGGAGAAACGAAACAAAACAGGUAAUACAAACAAAGCACAGUAGAGCUCACUGGGAAAUCACACGUGUUCACACGCACGGCCACUGGAGAACGCCACACAACCGCACCUAGAGAAGCCACUGGGAUAAACGGAACGUCUGCUGACAUGUAGGACUGAGCGAAGCUGGAGCUCGGUUGUGGCCCAGAGACCAAAGCACAGACAAGGAAAGGCCGCACUGCAGCGUCCACACUCCGGGGCAGGGGUGGAGAAGCCCCAGAUCGUUGUACUUUACGUCCUUCCGUCCUGUGUCACGCGCAUGCACACCUCUUAAAUACUGACAGACAUGUUUAAGGAAAUGACACAGUCACUCACCGCAACCACGCGCUGCUGCCCUGGCUCGGGGCGUCUUUCCGGAACUGCCAGCAGUUCUCGCCGAGAAGUUCUGGAAAGAUGUGGGCGCAGGGGCUUCCGAUCUUUGUCCUCUUUUGCUUUUUUUAGAUGGAGUCUCGCUCUUGUUGCCCAGGCUGGAGUGCAGUGGUGCCAUCUUGGCUCAUGCAGCCGCCCCAUCCCGGGUUCAAGAGACCCUGGUGCCUUGGCCUCCGGAGUAGCUGCGAUUGCAGGCGCCCGCCACCGCGCCCGCGAACCUUUGUGUCUUUAGUAGAGACGGGUUCACCGUGUGGGCCAGGCUGGUCUCAGCCCGUGAUGUCAGGUGAUCCACCCGCCUCCGCCUCCCCAAGGGCGGGAUUCAGGCGUGAGCCGCCGCCCGGCCUGCUCGGGAUCUUAGUCCCUCAGUGGAGCCGCUGCCCCAGGGCCUGUCCUGACGGGACAUCCUGCCGCUCUGUGACGUCCGCCUUGUCCCGACGGGACAUCCCGCCGCUCUGCCACCUCCGCCUUGUCCCGACAGGACAUCCUGCCGCUCUGCGACGUCCGCCUUGUCCCGACGGGACAUCCCGCCGCUCUGCCACCUCCGCCUUGUCCCGACAGGACAUCCUGCCGCUCUGCGACGUCCGCCUUGUCCCGACGGGACAUCCCGCCGCUCUGCGACGUCCGCCUUCCAAUCCCUCCUCUCACCGUGGGUCUGCAAAGGCACGUGAGGACCCACGAGCCGCCCGUGGUCAGGCCCAGGACAGCCCUCCCGCUUGGGGGUCCUGCUCUGUCCCGCCGACAGGCGGAGGGUGCACAGUGACAGUCACGGAAGCGGAUGCCACCACAGUGGAGAUGGAGGAUGCUGCGGGCCUCAGGCGGCUCGGCGGGGUUGGGUCGAUAGACCUGCUGCUGCGGCAGCCACCGGGUCAGACCCCGCGCCCUCCACCGCCGCACUGCCCGGCCCCGAGGUCUCUGAGGGAGGCCGAGAGCCAGCACCCAGUGAGCCCGUCCGUGCUCGCUGCGGCCCCAGCUUUCCCUACCUGCUCCUGCCCCGCGCCGAGACCCCGCAGCUCAGACAGAGCCAGCAAAUCCUCGCGGUCCCGCCAGCGCUGCGGGCUCCCUCCACCCCUCCCGGGUCUACGGCACCCACAGAGCCGCCACGGGGUGCAAUGGGCCUGGCGGGUUCCAGCGCCGCUGUUGCUCCCGGGUGGCUCCCAGCGGCGGUGGCUCCCUCAGGCGGUGGCGGCUCCCCCAGGCGGUGGCGGCUCCCCCAGGCGGCGGCUCUCAGCGGCGGCGGCUCCCUCAGGCGGUGGCUCCCUCAGGCGGUGGCUCUCAGAGCUGCGUCUCGCCCGCCGGGCUGGGCUGCCGGGUCGCGGGGCUGUGCGGCCUGCCCUCCGCUCUCCUGGCUCCUCCGCAACCCACGCACCCAUCCCGCCCCAGCGGCGCUGCUCUGGCUGCCGGCCCCCAGGACCCUGCUCUGAGUGUGCCCCGGGCAGCAGCUGCACCGGCUCCGGACUGAGUAGCUGAGAUGGAAGAAGAUAAAAAGAACUCUCUUCAAGUGGAGAAGGAAGGAGAAGGAGGGGAGGUGGAGACAGCAAGCGAAACAGAAAAAGGCGAUACUGCUUUUAAUAGAAUUCUCUAAAAUUUCAGGAUGUUUAUUGUUCUACUCUCAUUAAAAUGAUAAAUGCAUCUAAAAGAAAACAACCAUGAAACGCAGCAAAUAACACAGGCGGUCAUUGGAACACACGGUGAAGUGUUUUCUAACCUGAGGAAAGUAGUAAAAUUUCAACAACGAGUGAACAGGCACUGCGGGCCCAUUUCGUUAUUUGAUUAUUGUGAGUUCGUGUGUGUCUUUCCUUGAGAUGAUGCGCAGGCGAGUGUCAGCAGAGGAGACAGCACAGGCGCCUCAGAUGCCGGAAGCAGGGAUUGGUAACCAUUACCUGCCCGGUGCUCGCGCCCUUGCUGUGUCAGGCUCUGUGCCUGCAGAGGCGGCCUGGGUGCUUCUGAAGGGUCUGAUGCACUCAGCACUCACUCAGCCAGCCCCAUCUUUUAGAACUGAGGGUCACCUCCUUCUGCCACUGGAGCAAGCAGCAGAGUCCUGUGGAUACUGUGGCUUGGGCCCCCAGCUCCUAGGAGAAGCCCCACGCAGUGACGCCUGCUGUUUCCCACAGCUUCCCACAGCGGGCAGGGGUCUCUGUGGGAACUCUUGUUCUAGAUCUGGCCAUGCGGCCUCCUUUACUACUCUGGGCUCCUGUCUAAGGCUGAGGGUGAGGAUUCCCAUUCAGGAGGCAGAAGGAGCCCAGUGCAGCCCAGGGCCCCUGGCCCCAGGGAAAUGAGGCCCAAGCCUCUUGUCUGAUCCCUCUAGGACCCCUAGACCCACUCUUCCCUCUUGUCACCAGGACCAGAAUUAGGCAAAACUUCUGCAGGCACUUCUCCCUCCUGGAGCUAGGAGCUGAGAUCUUCCCUGAAUCGGUGGCCUUCUAUCCCACCAAUAUUUAUGCUUAACUACUAAGAUAAACUAUCUCAGUCUGAUCAUUGUCACGCAGGCACGAAGCUCGGGUGGAAAAUACUCUGGCCAUCUCAUGUGUCUGGGCAUGUGGCCUUGAUGUGUGUUUGCGUCCCUGUCACAGGAUGAGUUUUGGUUGGGGGCCCAGGGAAAAGAUGCUGAGGUUUGUGAAGUCAAAGAGGAAACUCAUGCACAUUUAUACCCAAGACAGCUUGUGAAGUCUGCAGGUUCGGAGCGUGUCUGCAAGGUAAGCAGGAACCUUCUCCAGGAUGAAUGACUGGGACACCACAAAGGAAAAACCAGUAGGAAGGUGUGGACUUCAGCACAGGCUACACAGUGAUAGUAGACCCGCCCGUGCCCCAGGACGCUGAAAGUGCUGUGAAUGUCAUUCAGCAUCCUGGGGCUGAGUGGAAAGAGCACUGAUCAUCUUUGCUCACCACAACAACCAGUGCAGAAGGCUCUCAAGACCAAAUGUGUGGGGAGUUUUUGCUCCCACAAAGCAAGCCAUCAAUUUUGUAGUGGACUCCCCACCCCGCCCCGGGUGUCCUCUCAGUCAUCUCAGUUCUGACACUUUCUACAUGAAGAUGGGGGUCAGAUCUUACAGCUUGAGGGCUCUUUCACCAAGACUGUGCUCCACUUCUUAUGCCAAUCACAAACCCAGGCUGCUUCACUUGUGCUUUUGACCAAACAGGUAUAAAUGAAAGAUCUCACAAUCCCUCCUUGGCUUCAGUUAAUUUGCUUGAAUGGCUUGCGGAGCUCAGGAGAAUGCUUACUUAAACUUGCUUGUUUCUUAUCAAGGAUAUAACCAAGCACACAGAUGAAAAGGUGUCCUUGGAAGAAGUUGAUUCCAAAUCUCAUGGAUGACUUUGAGGGAUUCAAAACUUCAGUGGAGGAAGUCAUUGCAAAUGUCAUAGAAAUAGCAAGAGAACAAAAAUAAAAGUGAAGCCCGAAGAUGACUGAAUUGCUGCAAUCUCAGGAUAAACUUAGAACGGAUGAGGAGUUACUCUUAUGGAUAAGCAGGGGAGAGGGAUGGAAAAGAAACAGGACAUUGAGGAUUUCUAGCCCACAGCAGUCCUUGUUAUGGCAGAUGUGGAAUCCCAAUCCACAGGAGGCAGGAGGCUGAGAGGUGAGACAAAACCUGUGAAAAUCAGAGAUGAGGGGCAAGUCUCGGCUUCUUGUGACUGAAGUGAUAGAGCCUUGGCAGACACUCACUUGGACUGACAAACGAAAUGAAAAUAUACACCCUUAAAACAAAGAAGACAUCUGAGUAUUCAUCUGAAAGAAUGGAAAUUAGGAUCUGGCAGGAAUAGCGUCACACGUUUAGUCAUUGCAGCAUUAUCACAGUUUCAAAAGCAGGGAGACAGCCUACGGUCCACUGAUCAGUGAGUGUUUACAGAAGAUGUGGUGUACAGAUGCAGUGGGAUCCUGUUCAAAUUCAUAGAUAAUUAUAUCUUGCCAUGUGGAUGACCCUGGAGGACACUGCACUGAGUGAAAUAAGUCAGUUGCAGGAGGAGAAAUGCUCCCCCAUUUGUGUGAGGUCUAACAUAGUCAGCCUAAUAGCAAUGGAGUGGAAUGCUUGCUGCUAGGGGCAGAGGGAGAAGGAAAUGGGGAGUCUGCUCAAGGAUAUGAAGCUUCAGUUAUACAAGAUAAAUAAAGUUUAGAGAUGUGCUGUGCAACAUUUCACUUACAGUUAACAAUGCUGUAUAAUGCACUUAAAAUUUUAUUAAGAGGGUAGAUUUCAUGUUAAGAGAUCUCAUGUUAAGUGUUCUUAUUACAAUGGAAAUAAAACCUUAAAAAUAA